AUGACGGACUACACUCCCGCCGAUGACACAUUGGAAGAAGGCCUUCUGGACACCCAAGAUGAGUUCUAUCCUUUCUCAGCUGUUGAGCAUCGUACCGCCUAUAGCCAAAACCCCAACCUUUCCUCGACAGCGGGACACGACAAUUCGUUGGCAGGGACGGGCCAGGAUGAUUCGUUUCAACCGGGCGUCAUCUCCGCAUACGAUGGAGGCCCUUCAUCAUUCAACAGACGUGGUGAUCCAUGGCAUUAUGACCAAUACAUGGGUGGGUCGGACUAUUGGCAGAAUAUGCCCCAAGAUGGUGCGGACGAUGCCUGUGUCAACCCGUCGGACUUGAGCCUCGAACCAGCUCCUGAUACUGAUGGGGAAGCCCCGAAGACCGACCCAGAGGCAAGCAAGCAGCAGAGCACACCUUUCGCGAGUCUGUGUGCAAGUCACCCCGGUGAAUCCAACUCCCCGAGAGACAACCCCUUUGCUCGGCGGACUGGUAAAGCAUGGCUCAAGAGUCACUGCGGCCGCUCCCAGACAUGUGUCUCGAGCCUCAUCGAAGCCGGUGACUUAGAUGAGACCGAUCAGGAGAUCAUUAAUGAUGUACGCCGCGAGAUGGUUGAGGAAAGGAAGAGGAAGGCGGGUCAUAAGCGCAGAAAGGAUGAGUGAUAUGAGAGACGCGGCGUAAUUGGGCAGGAUAUGUUCUUCAUACUUGUUAUUACUUGCGUCAUAAUAUGAAUAGUAGCACAAUGCCACACCUCUUUACCUG